AGAGACUCUCGGUCUGGUCGGAUAAGUGACCGCGUGCGCGCAGCAAAUCUCCUGUAGGGUCUCUUGAAGCUCUUGUUUCGAAAAAAAGAUCGACACAACAACGGUGAGCUCGCGGCACUUAAUAACCCUGCCAAUAGAAAAAAGCGAAAAAGUUACUUUUUUGCGAAAAUCGACGUCUUCCGUGAGUUUCGUCGGAGUAAAUUGCAGGUCUUGGCGCGAUCAGCAGCAGCAACAAAAUUCCUCGGUACAGCGUAUUUUCGCGGAGCAAUAGAGAAGAGAUUGCCAAUAUCGAUAGAAGAGGUUUUGCUUUUCGUAUUUAAUUGAGUGCUGAUUGCAAAGUGUUUAGAAAUAAUUAUAAGCUAGUUGAAUUUCAUUCACUCAGUGCUGAUCUCAGACGAUCUUGAAAAUCCUGACCGUGGCCGCGGCUUUUGUGCAAUAAGUAAGUGUGCAAUUGCAGAUCUCAGAGCGUCGAACGUAGCCAGCAGAGCAGAGCGGGAUAAAAAUGGGAAAAUUGCAGAAUAAGUUGUGCUUAGUGGCAAUGAUGAUUGUGGUGAUUAGUGCAAUUGCUUGUCAAGCGUACCAGCAUUCCAACAGUGAUUACAGUGAAAAUGUGAAUCAGCAACAUCCAACAAAACAACAACUUCACCGUCAUCAUCAUCACCAUCAAAACCAGCAGCACAAGCUGGAGUCGGUGUCCUUAGGCCACAGAAAUUCCUCUAGUUACUCGCUAAUUGCGGGCACGGGCAACGGAAACAAUUACUAUCAACCACCACCAACGAAUAAUUAUCACCAUCAGCAACAUGCUGGCAACCCUGUUCACGGACAGCAGCAUCCCCAUAAUCAACAUCUACAGCCAAGAACUCCGAUUUCAGCGCAUAGCAACCGUCGGCUGGAUAAUCCCGGUGGCUCCCGGUGGAGAUCCACGGCCGGCCCGUCCAGAGCUCCACGGACCAAUCAAACUGGCAACACCGGUGGGGUCCGACACGUGAAGCGAAUGCUGAAGAGCAACAACCAUCACCAAAGGAACAUCACCGGCAAAAACGUGUGCACCGAGAAGCGAACCGUCCAUGUGCCAAUCUACAGAAAAGCGACCGUGAAACACUUUGUCCAGCCCUGCCCGGACCAGAAGCUGUGCACCGGCGUACGUACCAACUACGAGCCGACCUACCACCAGGUCAAGCGGGAGAUGUACGCAUGCUGUCCCGGUUGGGAAACUACCAGCACCAUUACCGAAGGGUGCCAUAAGCCCAUUUGCCGCGUCCAAUGCCGAAACGGGGGCCGCUGCACAGCCCCGGACACCUGUACCUGUUCGACCGGAUUCACCGGGCCGCAGUGCGAGCUGGACAUCAACGAGUGCAAACAACACAAACCAUGUGACCAAACGUGCUACAACACGGAAGGGUCCUACUACUGCACCUGCCGAGAUGGUUUUCUACUCCAGGCGGAUCGUCACAGCUGCAAGAAAAUUGAGACGACGAACGAUGUAGCAUUCGAAGCCAGAGAUAUGGAAAACGACGUCGAUUACGAUAGCCUUGAUACGCGAUUAAACAAACUGGAGAAGAUAAUCUUCAACGAGGAUCGCCGAUCGAUAUCGGAGACCCACGAGCUGAACAAGAAGGUCCAGUACGCUAUGGAUGCGGUUUCGUCGCUGAGGGCGCAAGUUUCUCGAUUGACACAAAGGCUAUUUCCUACGGUAGACUAUGGGAACCGGAUCAACUGAGGACAGUGCACAAGUGGAGAUGUUGCCACCACACCACCCGUAGAUUGAUAAGCGAGUCCGAAUCUCUCUUUGACGUAGGAUGUAUUUAUUGUAAAUUACCGGCAGUUUUUUUUUUAAAUAAGGUAAG